UAAAUAUAAUUCACCAUGAAAAACGAUUGAGAUAGAUUCCCUUAGAGAUAUCAUAUUGUGCACUUUAAUUAAUUAAUAGAAAGUUAGCCAAAUACUUAUCCUUUCAACGCCAUCGUUGUAAGAGAUCAGAAGCAAGAUCGAUCUGAUGGGCAAGGCGCACACGAUUGGUAUUGGCAUGGACUACUCUCCACACAGCAAAUCAGCACUACGAUGGGCCGCCGAAAAUCUGGUCGACGCCGGAGAUCGUAUCAUUUUAAUUCACGUUCAGCCACCUACGGCUGAUCAUACUAGGAAGCAGCUUUUCGUGGACACUGGAUCACCUCUUGUUCCUCUGGAGGAAUUCAGAGAGAUUAAUUUUUCAAGGCAAUAUGGGCUUACUUGUGAUGCUGAAGUUCUCGAAAUUCUUGAUAUGCUGUCAAGGGUCAAAGGGGUAAAGGUGGUGGCAAAGGUUUAUUGGGGAGAUCCAAGGGAGCAAUUGUGCAGCGCUGUGGAAGAUCUGAAGCUUGACUCACUUGUUGUAGGAUGCAGAGGCCUAGGCGUUCUCAAAAGGCUUUUGAUUGGUAGCGUGAGCAAUCAUGUUGUGAUGAACGCUUCAUGUCCAGUUACAGUGGUGAAAGGAACGCCCGUGACUAAACCCUAAAUGAAGCUGGUUUCUCCAUUUGCAAGAUUUUGAAAGGUUGGCUGGCUUAUUGCUUGACCAUGUCUUAUGGAUUUGAUUUGAGUGAAAAUGUUUGGCAUUAUGAGAGUGUGUACAUUAAUUUUUUGAGGUUUAUUUAAUGUCAAUGACGAUGAUUGUUG